AUGCUGAAUCGGAAUUUAUUAAAGGAAUGUCGUAGAGGGGUGCGUAGCGCUAGAUGGAACGCCGACGCUCAUUUAAGGUUUUUUUUUAGAAGAUGACUUCGAUUCAAAUCUUGAAGUAACUUUUUCAGAGCUCACGAAAGACGGGCAGGAGUUUCUGAAGAAGCCAUUCUACGGGUUGAUACUUGCCAGUUGGCCGCAAAUAGUCCUAUUGAGGACUUUUACUCGGCUGCAAAGUGUGAGAAUAAAAACUUAGAUUUUGAAAACUUGGUAAAUAAUGGAUUUUUCAGGCCUUUCCAGCAGUGCCUUCCUUUUCGGCGUGUUCGACGGCCAUGCUGGUCCGGAAUGUGGCCGCUAUGUUUCUACUAAUCUCUUUCCUUAUAUCUGUUCCUCGAUUCUGAAGAAACAUGAGGUAUCAUUCCCAGAUCACAGAAAAUGAAUAUUUUUUUUAAAAGGUCACCGAAUUGCCGCCAAACCGCCGUCUUCAAUGGCUCUUCAGUAGCGCCGAUACACAUUUGCCCAACGCAUUUAUGUAAAUAUUUUAUUCACAGCUAUUUUGAAGAUGAAAAAAAAAUGAAUUUCGAUUGAUGCUGAGGUUUUUUGUAGUUUUUAUCAAAUUAUUGUGUUUUUCUUAAGAAAGUCUUUUCUUAUGCGUUUGAAAGUGCAGAGUGUUUUGAGUUAUCUUCUGUGAACUUUUAUGAAUUUCAAAAGUCCUCAGAGAAAUAGAAAGUCAGAAAAAUAUUGGUAAUUUAUGAAAUACGCUGUGAUUUUUCGAAAUAUUUCGAUCGAUUUCCAGAGAAUCGCAAGAUGAGAAAAUCCUCAAGUACCACGACAAAUUCCGACGAAAUCUCGAUUUAUACAAGGGGACUGUUCGAGAAGCUUUAAAAUUCGCCUUUGAAAGUUGCGACGAGGAUUUGGCACGUAGUGCUUUACCAACUAACACCGGAUACAUUGAUCAGUUAGUUUUUUCUUUGUUUUUAUCUUUAAAUGACUUUUCUUUAAAUAAAUAUAUUUUUGGACAGUUUAUUAUAACUGCCCAGCCAAAGUUGAAUUAUUAACCGAUUUUUUUUUCUUUUUUAUUUUGAAGUUUACUUAUUGGUUUUUGUUUUUUCGCUGGAAUUUUUUCGCUGGAAUUCGACAACUUUUACCUUUUUUCUAGGUUCCAUUUUAUCAAGACUUUUUCCAGUCCUUCAUGCGAUUCACAACAUGAACGGUUUGUAUCAAUCUGUUUUGAUGACAUUUUCAAUGGUAUCAUUUUUUGAGAAGCGGUAAUGAAUUGCUGAAAAGGAUUCGAGCUCAAUGAGCGCAAUUAAACGAAUUUUUUUCUGACGGAAAAAAUGGAAUAGAUUCAAGAAAAUCAAGAAAUAAUUUGGAAUUUUCUUUGACUACCGUUGAAAAUGCCUUGUAACCAUCACAUUAUCUGGUGUUUGUGCUCUUUUUUACCUUUUCAUCAAAAUUCUCAAUUUGAUGAGCUUCUACAAAGAAAUUUUCUUUUCCUUCUACUUCUAUGUGUUUUUUCAUUAGCAUUUCCCGUAUCCUUUCUGUAAUUGUUCUCUUUCUUCUGCACAUUUUUACACAUAACGAUGAAUAGUGAAUGAAAGAGAACCGCCCAUUCCGCGCCAGCUCGUCAUGAUUUUUAUUUUUUUCCGACCUACAGAACCCCUUUUGGGAAACUUCCGUUUGAUUCCCGCGGUCUACCUGCUCCUUUUUUAAGCCUGAAAUUACCGGUAUAUUUAAAGCGCAUGCACUGAGUCAGACCGCGUACAUCGAAGGGAAGCUUUAAGGAUAGCUCGAAGGAAAAUAAGAACCUAACCAGCGCGGAAUGGGCUCUACAGUGCAAAAGUCUCAGUGUCAUUGAAAAAUAGUGGAAUUUUCAAGAUAUGCGGCAAAAAUCGCGGCAAGUGGUUCUUGUGCGACGAUCGCCCAUGUACGGAAUCGACAUCUUCAUGUGGCAAAUAUUGGCGACGCGGCCGCUGUUCUCGGUGAGAAAAUGCUCUUUAUCUUGGCAAUAUUCUAUGAACUAAUCAUUUAAGUACACAAAAAUAAUUUACUCCUGUCUGACAGUGAAUAAUUUGCAUUUUUUUGUGAUGAAUCCGAUUAAAAUGUUUUUAUUUCAAGUCUCAUGCCCUGUUUUGAUUUGAGAAUCCAAGGUUCUGAGUUCGAUUUUAUAUUAAAUAAAGUGUGAGAGAAGCUUGAUUUCGUUUAAAAGUGGGAUAAUGACCCACAUUCUUGAAAGUUCUAACUAUUUUAAUUGAUUUUCAGUACGGAAGCUGCAAAUAUCAAAUAAUGGUUUUUAAAUAAUUGUUAACACAUUACUUUUUUAAAUUUCCUCUAUUCGACCUAAAACAUAUUCUUCAAAAUUAAAGAGGAACUUGAUCAAAGGGGCCACAUAUAUAACUUUCCUGGUUCAUUACCAAUACGCCUCCCAAAUCUGUCUGCCAGCGAACAAAAACCAUUUCAGUUGAAUAAGCUCAUUCAAUUCACACAUUUGGGAAGCUUGUUAUCCUUUUUUUUUCAAGGAAUCGUCAAUCCAAAUGGGAGCGUAGUUGCUCGGCAAUUGUCACGUGCUCAUACGACGGAAAAUGCGGAUGAGGUAAUGAAAAAAAAAUUUUUUAAGCGAUUUUUUUUUAUUUAUUUAACGUUGAGUUUUCUUGAGGGUCCAAAUUUCGGAGAAAACUCGAGUAGAAAUUUAUUUUCUGAGCGAAAGCUUUAUCAAAAAUUUCACCUUUUUUUGGAGUUUUUCUGUGUUUUAAAGUUCACGUGACAGUUUUUUUUUCUCAUUUUUUUCCCUUCAAGGUCCACAGGAUACGAAAUCAACACCCGGUGAGCGAAUCGCAGACGAUUUUAAAGAACGAACGGUUGCUAGGCGAGCUUUCGCCGUUGAGAGCGUUCGGAGACGUCCGCUUCAAGUGGCCCUUGGACUUGCAGCAGGUAAAAAAAUAGUGGCCUUUUUAAAAAGGCAAGUGGCAUUACUAGACCACUACGAAUUACUAUAGGGGCCACUAAGACGCAAAAUAGUUGUUUCUGUAGAGCUGGUUUUAGUGACCACUUUAGCGUCCUCUCCAAGUAGUCCUUGAGGAACCUCUCGAGUGGAACUAGAGUUUCUUCCAAGCCUUUCUUGUGUCAUGUGAUUUCUCGUUUUCGGAACUUUUUUCGUUAAACUUUGGAUCUAGGACUCCACGAUUAAGAGAUCUAUCAGAAUUUUUCAGGUUUUAUGAAAAAAAAAUCAUAUCGCUUCAGGUCGUUCUCAAAGCGCGACCUCCGCCGAAUCUGUGGACCCCGCCCUACCUGACCGCUUCCCCAGAAGUUUUUUACCACAAACUGACGGAAAAUGACCGAUUUCUCGUGUUGGCCACCGACGGCCUCUGGGAAUGGCUCGAUCCGGAUACUGUAGUGCGGCUCGUCCAUGACCACACUUUGGGGACUAUGACUUUGCAGCCGUAUUCUCCACCUAAUGGUGCUACUCUUCACGAGGUGAGAAGCAAAAUAAGAUGGGAGUAGAAAAAACUGAAUGUUUAAUGUAGGAAUUUACAUGAAAUCAAUUUUCUUUUGUCAAAAAAUAUAUGUUAAAUGAGAAUUUUCGGCCUUUUGUAAUCAGAUUUCUUUUUUCUGAAGUUCUUCCGUUUGACAAGAUUCAAAAAACUUUGCCAAAUUUUCAACUUUCUCUGAUUUUCCAAAUUCAGUUGUCUUUUUCCCUUCCUGACGGCUAUUUUAACUUUCGCGGAUUUUUUUUUUCCAUUUUGAACACGGCUCAUUUCUCAGGCACUUUCCUACUUUCGCUAAACCAUUUUUAUCCUCACGCCUCUAAUUAUUUGAGAAAAUUUUAUUAUUGAGCUCUAUGAUGUUCCACGUAAAGAAAAAUGAAGUUUCAGGCAUUAAAAAAAGGAAAGUCGUGAAUAUUCCAAAUUUCUAGGUUCAAGCGGCUCUCAGAGAACGAGCCCAAGGCGAAUCUCAAGCCAAAAAGCCGAUCGACGAAAACUGCGCGACGCACGUCAUUCGCCACGCUUUGGGCGGAAUUUCCGGAGGCGCGACGAAGCAAUAUCAGCGGCUCAUCGAUAUUCUUCAGGUUCGGCAAAAAAGGAUUUCUUUUCAAGUAAAAUGGCCUAUAAACUCCAUACGCAAAGAGGCGUGGCUUUCUGCGCUCUCUCCCAACCAAGCACUAUCUCUUUUUUUAAUCGUGUCAGGACUCUUUUUUCUCUCAAACCAGCUGUGGAUCAACUAUCGAGAAAUUCGAAGAAACGUUCAGAUUAGAUCAAGUUGUCACUUAAGGUUAUUUGUCAGUCGAAACCGUUCAGCUUCGAAUAAAACAUAAAUCUGUUGAAAAAUGUUAAAAUUCAGUAUUCGAAGAUUCUUGUCCCACGUUUCUCCUAUUUCUAAAAUAAAUAGGGUUUCCACAUUGAACAUACUGUAGUUAGGCUUUUGAUUGAAACGAAAACGAGCAGCGGCAGAGUAAAAGUCCACAAAACGAUUAGACAAGAAAUAAUCAGGUACAGAUGCGUAUAUAUAAAUGGUGGGACCGCGCAACCGCCACUCCAGGUGCCCUUUCUUCCGAUCUUCUCACCUCAAAAACUCGAUAAGAAUGGUAGUCAUAUAAUCAGUUCGAGCGAAGAAAUAAGAAUUAAAAAUAUGAAUAGUGAUAACAUCUUUCUCUAACGCCCAAGUUUUAAAAAUUGAAAAGCAGAAGCGCGAUAAUUUAGUUUAAAAAAUAGAAUAUAUUGAGAAAAAUAUGAAAAAGAAAGUAUGUAGCUAUGAAUUUUAGUUGCCACCGGAACUUUUUCAAAUACGGAUUUUUUUCCAGGUCCCUCCAGGCCGAGCCCGAUGCUACAGAGAUGACAUCUCCGUCAUGGUUAUCCAUUUCAACGACCGAUUUUUGAACGAAUUUGACGACGAUGUAGACGCAUAA